UUUUGAUCGUAAUCGGUAUCAAGACGAAGACUGGGAGAGAUAGAUGAGAUGAAAUCUUUGGUAGUCCGAGGUGCGGAGAGACCCUUGCGCAAGAUGUUAGCACUUUUAAGCGAGCUGCAACAAAUGUUCCGACGUAUGAAGACAUCUUCAACAUUGUCACCAGGUCCAAUCAUUUCUACGAUUUUCGACAGCUGCUUCUUACCCCUCGCCAUAGCAAGCUAAACACAUCUGCAGUGUAAGAACCCGACCAAAAGAACGAUGAAGGUCCUCCGUGUUUUCAACGAGAGCAGUGAGCAGCCCUUUCCCUGGGAACAGGAUCAGGUACAAGACGAUUUGUCCGGAGGACCAGAGCACUCGUCUGUGAGACAACCACAAAUCAAAAACUUAACCUCUGCCGUGCCGCAAGAUCGACGAGAUCAAUACGAAUCCGACCCCAUGUUUCCAACCGAAGUUUGGAACAAAACAGCCUUACGAAGCCAGCAGCGCUAUUUGGAAUUGCAAGAGCUGCCCGGAUCCGGAACUACAGCCACCGGUCGCAUUUUCCGCAUCGUUUGCGUCUCGGAUACUCACGGCAGAACCGCGAAAAUGCCCGGUACUCCACUUCUUCCAGAGGGAGACCUGCUGAUCCACGCGGGGGACAUUUCGAACAAGGGGAAGCGAGAGGAGGUUUUCGAAUUCCUGGAUUGGUUUCGAAGUCAGCCACACCGCCACAAAGUCUGGAUCGCGGGCAACCACGACUUGACGCUGGACCGGGAAGCGUAUCGGAACGCGAGUAAGAGGAAGAGGUUUGGGCUGAAGGAGGAAGAGGCCGUUGCUCUUGGAGGAAAUGAUGUCGGUGUUGCUGGUGUAGUUGAACCGACGAAACAAGCAACUUCGUCUUCACAAGCUGAUGGUCCAUCGGUGAGUGCAAGUGGUGGAGGUCUGUUCGAGUCCAUUUCCAACUUUUUCAGCCCAAAAGCGGAAGCCAGGAAGGCCGAAGCAGAGGAGGCAGCUCAUGACGCGGGUGCAGCUACUUCCUCUGAAGACAAACUUUCUGCCACUCUCCUCGCGACUACCCAUGUCCGUCCGGAGGCGAGCAAGCUGGAAGCGGAGAUUCGAGGAAUUCUUGAGCACGAUCCUUCAACGUUUUACCUCCACGACGAGCUUCUGCAGUUGGAAAUACCAAUAGACACACAAAAUCCGCAACAGAAAUCACAAAAAUCCCUGAAUAUCUACGGCUCCCCCUACCAGCCGGAGUUCGGCGACUGGGCCUUCAACUUAAAACGGGGCCCUGAUUCCCGCACAGAGUGGGACAAGAUCCCAACAGAAACCGAUAUCCUAAUCACCCACGGCCCGCCCCUCGGCCGCGGCGAUUUCUGCUCCAGCGGGCUGCGUGCGGGCUGUUUGGACCUGCUGGAAACGGUGCAGAACCGGGUGAAACCGACGGGGCAUGUGUUUGGGCACAUUCACGAGGGGUACGGGGGGAGCUUCGACGGAGAGACGCUGUUUGUCAACGCGGCGACGUGCAAUUUGGCGUACGCGCCGAACAACCCGCCUGUGGUUGUUGAGGUGAUGAUAUGAAGAAUUUCCGAUGAUCAUGUCGUGGCAUUUCAGCAACAGCAUGUUGCGCGAAGACAAUACAUACCCGAGAACUCACACGCAUUUCUUUCUUGUCAGACAGGUCAAAACUACAAACACAUAACUUCACACUCUUGUGAGCAGCAGCUCAAGCCGUUCGUGGGAAUUCAACUUGUUCCCGUGUGCGUGACAAGCUGGCUGCAGUGCGGAAU